AUGAUGCCCUCCACGCAAACAGGCAGGGAGGUGUACAUCACCAAACUCAAAGAAAGCCUCGAUUGGACCCCUUGGAUUAGGGGAAUCAAAUCGUUGGCUAAAACACAUGAAAUAUGGGACUACAUUGACCCAGAUAGGACCUUGGUGCUCACGGAGCCCGUGGACCUCAGCUGGAGCGGCACUGUUGCAGCCCUUGGACCAAAGCCCAUGAGGACAGCUUUCCCGGACAAUGAAGCCGGGUUCGCACGGGCCAAGGAAGACUACAACGAAAGGCUUCAGGAGGCCAAGGAGGAAUUCCGCCAUCAAGAAAAGAUCAACCUCAAGGAAUAUGACCGUUAUAAGGCCAAAAAGAAGGCCAUAAUGCAAAUCGAGGAGGUGAUCAAGAAUUCAAUCAGUGAAGGGCUCCAAGGGGAGACCCUCAUCCAACAGUCGGCGAGAGACAAGAUCAAAGAGCAAGCAGAAGUAAUCAUGGACUCAAGAGACCUAGGUGUCUCUACAAUCAACAAUACGAGGAUUCGUCAGGACUUCCUCAAAUCAAUCGAGGAAUGGGACAUCGCAUGGGCUGCGAUGGUCAGGGCCAUUGACCUACUUCUUCAACGCAGCGGGCAACCGGAAACAGAGAUCCGGAUCGUUGUUGCAGACUUCAAGAGAGAAGUCGGAAUCAGGAAGAAGCCACGGCUGUAA